AUGCACCGACUCUCGUCGUUUGCAACGACGCAACAAGUACGAGUUACGGCGACAUCCAGAUUUAUUGGAACUUCAAACCCAGCCUUUCACUUUCCUCCCGCUGUUACACCGGAUGUACUUCGAAGCAAGUAUCGAUUUGCAUACCGUGUUCGCGUUGAGAAUUUGUCAAGCCACCAAUACGUGCAACUCCUUGGCAGAUAUUGGGAAAUUCAGGAACACGAUGGUCCUCACUCUCAAGAUGCAGUAGAUUCUCCCAUUGUUGUAAAUGCACCAGAAACUGGAGCUGUUGGUCAGCUCCCAGUUUUACGGCCAAAUCAAGUGUUCGAGUAUACCAGCGGCGCUGACCUUGGGACAUCAAGAGGGAGCAUGCAAGGCCACUUCUACAUGGCAGUAGUUCCAGAGGAUGCAGUAUGCCUCAAUUCUGGGGACGAUGUCGACAUCAUUCAGGAAUCAGACAAGUUCGAAGCAGUCGUGGCGCCGUUCCCUUUGGUUGGCUAUUGUAGCAGCAAUCUGGGUCCGCAAUCGGAGAUAGAGUCAUAA